AUGAGACUCAUCAUCAGAGACAACGGAGAGGCUGCCAGCCGAUACGCCGCCAACUACAUUGUCGAGAGAAUCAACAUCUUCCGCCCUGGCCCAACAAAUCCCUUUGUACUAGGUCUUCCUACCGGAUCCAGUCCUGAGAUCGUAUACCGAAUUCUUGUCGAGAAGCAUCGUGCCGGCAAGGUCUCGUUUCAAAAUGUUGUGACCUUCAACAUGGACGAGUAUAUUGGACUCCCACGAGACCAUCCCGAGAGCUACCGCUCGUUUAUGCACAAACACUUCUUCUCGCAAAUCGAUAUCAAUCCGGACAACAUCAACAUGCUUGAUGGCAACGCCUCCGACCUAGAGGCCCAUUGUUCCGACUACGAAGCCAAGAUCAAGGCUCUGGGAGGAAUCAACCUCUUCCUGGCGGGCAUUGGUGAAGAUGGCCACAUCGCCUUCAACGAGCCCGGCUCGAGCUUGGCCUCUCGCACUCGCGUCAAGACACUUACCUACGACACCAUCCUCGCCAACAGCCGCUUCUUUGGUAAUGACGUGGGAAAGGUACCCAAGAUGGCCUUGACUGUUGGAGUUCAGACUAUUCUCGACUCCCGCGAAGUGGUUGCCCUCAUCAUCGGUGCCCGCAAGGCCAUUGCUCUCCAACACUGCAUCGAGCAAGGGGUGAAUCACAUGUGGACCUUGUCUGCCUUGCAGUUGCAUCCAUAUCCUCUGAUUGUGUGCGACGAGGACGCCACACUGGAGCUGCAGGUAAAGACGGUCAAGUACUUCAAGAGUAUUGAGCAGGUUGCUCGAUCCAAUGGCCUUGAGCAAUGCCUGCCUCUCAAAAUCAGCACCAGUCAUGUGCCCACGCUUCAUGAUACACCACCGUCCCCGGCGCAGACGCCUGUUCGGUUCAGGAUGCGAAUCCCCACGAAAGCGGAAUUAUUUGGCGAGUCGGCGUACACGGUCGAGUCCGGUUGCCCUUCUCCCAGAUUAGACUCCAUGUCGGCUCGAAUCAAGAAAGACGAACGAUGCCCUUCACCGCGCUUUGAUGCCAUGUCCAGUCGGCUCAAGAGUGACAAGGCCGAUCACUCCGACCAUGAUCGGGCGCCUGAUUCCGACAGCCUAUGGCGUUUUAUUUUGCCGCUACAACUGCAAGACCACAAAGAUGGCCACAGCGGCACAACAGACUAA